UAGCAUCCGCAAUCCGGGGUGUUGGUUCUCGGCCCAGCAGUAAGAUAGUCUUGCACAGUUACUCCCGCAGUCUCCUGGUGACCCAUCAGCUACGGACAGCAGCUCCAGGGAAGGGCUCAAAAUUGCGAGGACCAAGUCUAGGAGGGUCGGCCAUGGAUCUACAUACCGGAGAGAAUGGCUGUGCACCUUCACCCCACCAAGUGUCAGAAACCGGCCACCAUGAUUUCAUAGUGAUGGUCUCAUCGACGGUCAUCGGGUUAGCCUGCUACAGGAUGUAUCAGCCAGCCCUUGCCAUUGGUGCCUGCAAAUUGACCCCUAAGGAGAUAUACACAAAUAUAGAUAGAACCGACACGAGUCUCUCUCUCUCUCUCGCGCGCGCGCGCGCCUCAAACACCUUGGGAAUAAUCGUGGAAGUCGCCUCCAUGCGGCAAAUCGUCCCAUCCCAUCCCGUGUUUGUUCGUAAAAAGGGUCAGGUCGGCCAAGCUGAUGGAUGGACAGGUCUAAGACAUGUACGGCGACUUACGGGCGCGCUUCAUUUACAGGAUGCGAGCCCGCCCCAUCGGACAGCUGGAAAGCUGGAACUAGCCCCGAUGGAAGUUCCAAGGAGCUGGUUCAUGUUAAGUUCCCGGUAGUUAGUCCAGUCUACGGAGUCGAAGGGGACAGAAAGUAGGUAAAAAUAGUACAGUGCUAGGUAGAGUACUCCCCUCCGUAAGUC